GACACCCACCGCGGUCCCCUGCUCAGCGCCGUUGUCCACAUUCCGCUCGCCCCUACGUCUCUGAGGAAUAUGCGACGAUGGUCUACUGCUGCUGCUAGCACAACUCGACUUUCACGAUCUUCUGACCUCACCUCGGUCACGCGACGAUGCAUUCGUCAAAAAUAUAGCGUUCUUGCAGCGCGUCCUGCACCCGUGGCAGAACAGACAACGUCCAUACCACCCUCAGACGCAACUUCGACUGUUCCACCUCUCCGACCAGACCCAUAUACUCUCCUCACACCGCAGCUGAACCAACUACGAGAUAGGCUCUUAAACUUGCUCGGUUCGGCGCACCCCACUCUCACAGAUAUUGCCAAAUAUUAUUUUCUCCAUCCAUCGAAACAAUUGCGCCCACUUCUCGUCCUCCUCUUCUCGCACGCAACAAACGGUCUCGGACGCGACUGGGAGCUCAAGAAAUGGGCAGCAGAGUGCGAAGGCGCGCGAGGACGCGCAGAAGAGCUCGACCAACCGCUCUCACGGCCAGACGUUCUCAACGACUGGAACCCGAACAUGCCAGACCAUACAUCCUCCUUCGACUCUGUCUUCUCCCUCAUCCCCCCACGACCACCGCUAGAACCUCCCGUUCCACCGCCACAUCCUUCCAACAUUCAUUCCGCGCCGUCACUCGCUUCACCGUCGUUCCUCCUUCCCACACAACUGCGCCUCGCUCAGAUUGUGGAAAUGAUUCAUGUCGCGUCGCUCCUGCAUGACGAUGUCAUCGACAGUUCGGACCUUCGAAGAGGCGUCCCGUCCGCACCCGCUGCUUUCGGAAAUAAACUCACCAUCCUCGGCGGUGAUUUCCUCCUCGGACGCGCUUCCGCCGCGCUUUCGAGACUCGGAGAGAGUGAGGUGACGGAGCUCAUUGCUAGUGUCAUCGCCAAUCUAGUUGAGGGAGAGAUUCUGCAGCUGAGCAAGGUUGGGCAGGUGCAGAGCGAGAAGAUGGUGGAUGCGAGGGUGGGAGGCGGUAAAGAGAGCUGGAACGUUUAUUUGAGGAAGACGUAUCUGAAGACGGCGAGUUUGAUGGCGAAGGGCGCGAGAGCUUCGGUUGUGCUGGGUGGAUCGAAGGAGGGCGAGGUGUGGAAGGAAGUGGCCUAUGCUUAUGGCCGUAAUUUGGGUAUCGCAUUCCAGCUCGUUGAUGAUAUACUGGAUUAUGAGGCUGGUGAGGCCACAUUAGGGAAGCCCGGUGGCGCAGAUUUGCGUUUAGGUCUUGCCACCGGACCCGCUCUCUACGCUUGGGAAGAGCAUCCCGAGAUGGGUCCUCUCAUCAUGCGCAAGUUUGAAAAAGACGGCGACGUUGAACUCGCUCGCGACCUCGUUCGUCGUUCCUCUGGUGUUGAGCGCACUCGAGACCUCGCACGAGCACAUGCAGACAAAGCCAAGGAGACAAUACAGCUCCUCCCGGACAGCGACGCGAAGAUUGCGCUGGAGGUGCUUACUGAGCGGGUCGUCAAACGGACGUGGUGAUCACACUUUUCUUGAGACCGCGACGUUAUUUAAAUAACACGAUUUGCUGUCGCUUCGCACCUCUUGGACUAGCUUCCAUAGACACUUUGGACUAGUACGCACCUACCCAUACUUCAUAUCAUCAUAUAGUGCUUGUGUUCGCCCAUUGCGGCACAUUUUCUCCUCUCAGUUGGACAUAUGGUCUCAAUGUGCCUGUGUUGCCGGACUGUGUCGAUGUGGCCCGGAAACUUAGUCUCCAUACUCGAAUGAGACU